AUGUCUUCUCAAUACAUGUAUGAUUUAAUUGUAGUAGGUGGUGGAAGUGGUGGAUUAAAAUGUUCUAAAUUGGCUGCUGAUCUUGGUGCCAAAGUUGCCUUGUUGGAUUAUGUUAAACCAUCCUCCCAAGGAAGUACUUGGAAGAUUGGUGGUACUUGUGUUAAUGUUGGAUGUAUUCCAAAGAAACAAAUGCACUUUGCUUCAGAGAUGGGUAACAAGAUCAGAGAGGCCAUUAACUAUGGAUGGAAAUUGCCACUUGGUCUUGGUGAAGCUCCAGAGGAAGACAUGUUCAACAAUUUCCCUCACAAUAAGAGAGGUGAAUUCUUUGAUUGGACAACUCUCGUUCAAGGUGUUUUAAAUACAAGAUCUGGAUCUAACUUUGUUUACAAGGGAGAAUUGAGAAAGAGAAAGAUUGAUUUCUAUGAAGCUCUUGGUAGACUUGUUGACUCUCACACUGUUGAACUUGUUGGAAGAGUUGAAAGAUUGACUGCCAAGUAUAUUUUGCUAGCUCCAGGUGGAAGACCAAACGUUCCAAGAGACAUCCCAGGUGCCUAUGAAUAUGCCAUUACCAGUGAUGAUUUAUUCUCACUCCAACAAGCUCCAGGUAAAACUCUCGUUGUUGGUGGGUCAUAUAUUGCAUUGGAAUGUGCUGGUUUCUUAUCUGGAUUAGGAUUUGAUGUUUCUGUUAUGAUUGAAAAAUUGGAAAAUAAUCAAAAGAGAGUUACAUUUUUGAAUGCUACUGAAAAUAAGGAAUAUACGCAAGACUUUGAUACUGUCAUGUUUGCAACAGGUAGAUAUGCUGAUGUUCAAGGUUUGAAUUUGGCUGCUAUAGGAGUUCAACAUACUAAGGAAGGUAAAAUUAUUGUCAAUGACGAAGAAAGAACUAGUGUUGAGAGUAUUUAUGCCAUUGGUGAUGUUAUUGAGAAUGGUCACAAUUAUGAAUUGACACCUGUCGCCAUUCAACAAGGUAAAUAUUUGGCCUAUCGUUUAUUCAAGCCAGAAGAAAUCAAUAAGAAGGUUGACUAUGAUUUCGUCCCAACUACAGUCUUUACCCCAACAGAGUAUGGCCUUGUUGGUUACAGUGAAGAGAAGGCCAAGAAGGUAUUUGGUGAAAAUAAUUUGGUAAUCUACAAGAAAAAGUUCAAUAUUUUGGAACACAAGAUUGCAGAAAUUGGAGAGAAGGGUUUCGUCAAAUUGAUUUGCGUCAAGAAUCAAAAUGAAAGAGUUGUUGGCUUGCACUAUUUGGGUCCAAAUGCUGCUGAGGUCACCCAAGGUUUUGCUUUGGCUUUAAAGAAGGGGUGUACUAAGGAGGAAUUCGAUGAUGUGAUUGGUAUUCACCCAAGCAAUGCUGAAGCUUUCAUGUAUUUGGAACUUGGUGUUUAUGAAGAUAAGACAUGUUGUGGAUAA